AUGGCACCCCACUCCGGCGGUCGCGACAUUUCACUUCCCGACAAAGUCCAAGUCAUCGCGUCGGGCAUCUGGUGCAGUAUUGGGCAUAUGCUUCCUGCAGCUCAGGGUGUCGCUGCCGCCAAAUGCGAUCUUAACAUUCCUGGACGCACGGUGUCAUUUGAGGGAGAUGGGAGUUUCCAGGUCACUUGCCAAUUCAUCUCAGACAUCAUUCGGUAUAAGUUGGACGUCACAAUCUUCAUGAGCAACAAUGCAGGCUAUACAUACGAGAGGCUUUUGCACGGCUUGGAUGCGCAGCACAAAGAUGUGCCAGAGUGGCGGUAUACUGAGGCUGCAAACUUCAUGGGCGGGAGAACUGAUGAUACUGAUUAUGCAAUAUUGGUCAAGGAGGGCGACGAGUUGGGCUGA